GAUGUGGUGUGAAUAAAGUUUUGAAUGAUUGGUUUCCUGACUGGUUCUCCUCGAGUGCGAUGGAGGACACGCGGAUGAGCGACAACGUGGACGCCACGAAAGUUCCACAAAGGACCCCAAAGAAGACGGACAAAACUAAGCGGGUCGCCGACGACGGCGAGUACGACGACGAGAGCUUCAGCAUCCACAUUUGUGACAAAGAGGAAGACGGUGAAGAGUCGGAGAGUGCCGAGAGUGUUUUUUCAGGACUCGAGGAUUCGGGGAGUGACGGUGACAGUGAAGAGGAGAAGGAUGAGGGUGAUGAUGGCUCGGACAAGGAUGAAGAUGAUAAAGUGGAGCAGGAUGACUUCCGGGACGACGGAGGCUGCGAAAAGAAAGAAGAAGAGUAUGACCUCGACUCAUCGGACGAAGAAGACAUCAGGAACACCGUGGGGAACAUUCCCAUGGAGUGGUACAAAGACUUCCCUCACAUCGGCUACAAUUUGGAUGGAAAGAAGAUCUACAAGCCCAUCAGAAGCAAGGACGAACUGGAGCAGUUCUUGGAUAAAAUGGAGAACCCCGACUACUGGAGGACGGUUCACGACAAGCAGACGGGAAGCGACAUCGUGCUGUCUGACGAGCAGGUGGAGCUGGUGAAGCGCCUGCAGAGAGGACAGUUCGGAGACGUCAACUUUGACGAGUUCCAGCCUUCAGUGGACUUCUUCACCAAAGACGUGAUGCUUCAUCCCGUCACCAACAGGCCGGCCGACAAGCGAAGCUUCAUCCCAUCGCUCAUUGAGAAGGACAAGGUCUCCAAGCUGGUCCACGCCAUAAAGAUGGGCUGGAUCAAGCCUCGCCGCGUGCGGGACGAGGCUAGCGGCCGCUUCUACGACCUUUGGAGCAACGAGGACUCUUCUCUCGCGGCCCAACACAGGAUGCACCUGCCCGCCCCCAAGAUCCCCCUGCCCGGCCACCACGAGUCCUACAACCCCCCGCCGGAAUACCUGUUCACCGAAGAGGAGCGCGCCUUGUGGGAGCAGCAGGACCCGGCCGACAGGAAAUUGCCCUUCGUUCCCGUCAAGUUCUCCAGCCUCCGACAGGUUCCGGCCUUUCCUCGUUUCAUCCAUGAGAGAUUCGAGCGCUGCCUGGACCUUUACCUGUGCCCCCGCCAGAGGAAGAUGAGGGUCAACGUUGAUCCGGAGGAUCUCAUUCCGAAGCUUCCUAAACCAAAAGACCUGCAGCCCUUCCCCACUACGCAGUCAUUGGUUUAUCGUGGUCACAGCAGCUUGGUUCGCUCCAUCAGCGUUUCUCCAUCGGGGCAGUGGCUUGCGUCAGGAAGUGACGACAGCUCGGUCCGCUUCUGGGAGGUUAGUUCCUCUCGCUGCGUCAAGGUGAUCCAAGUGGGUGGAGCCGUAAAGUGCGUGCGCUGGAACCCCAACCCGAGCGUGUGUCUCGUGGCCGUCGCCCUGGACUCCCUGGUAUUGAUCGUAUCGCCGUCGCUGGCCGAACGCCAGGUGCUUUUGUCCUCGGAACGUCUGCUCGCCGCGUACCAGGAGGCCGAGUCGGCGGAGGCCACGGGGCCAGUGAGCUGGUGCGACGUGGAAGGCGAGGAGCACCGCCAGGGCUUGCGCCUGAAAAUCCGCCAUCCCAAAGCCGUCAAGCAGCUAACGUGGCACGCCAAAGGGGACUACCUGGCCGCGGUCAUGCCGGAUCACUCCAGCCAUCAGCAGGUGUUCAUCCACCAGCUGAGUACAAGACGGAGCCAGAAUCCCUUCAGGCGCAACAAAGGCCUGGUUCAGUGCGUGUCCUUCCACCCCAUCCGGCCCUACUUCUUUGUGGCCACGCAGCGCAACGUCCGCGUUUACAAUCUGGUGAAGCAGGAGAUGACCAAGAAACUGCAGGCCAACUCCAAAUGGAUUUCCAGCAUGGCCGUCCACCCCGGAGGCGAUCACGUGAUUUGCGGAAGCUACGACUGCCGACUCGGCUGGUUUGACCUGGACCUCUCCACCAAGCCUUACAGGAUGCUUCGGCACCAUAAGAAAGCGGUGAGGGCCGUCGCCUAUCACAGACUUUACCCGCUCUUCGCCUCAGCGUCCGAUGACGGCUCCGUCAUCGUCUGCCAUGGGACCGUUUACAAUGACUUGCUGCAGAACCCGCUCAUUGUUCCAGUGAAGGUUCUGAAAGGUCACAUGGUCAUUCAUGAGCUGGGUGUACUGGAUGUGACCUUUCACCCCACACAGCCUUGGGUCUUUUCAUCCGGUGCGGAUUCCACCAUCCGCCUCUUCACCUAGGGGCCCGCCCACCUGUCAGUCAUUGAUUGGUGUGCAAUAUUGCUUUUCGAAUAAAUGUAUUUUUUUUUU